AGGGAAGAAACUCCAAGCUAUCUGGACCUGGACCUGGGCUGAGGCUGCGCUGCUGUACCGCCGGCUGCUUUAAUUCAGCAACAGGGACCACACGUCCAGAAUCCCGACCUGACGCGGGUCACACCGCAGGAGGCCGCUUACCAAAGGCGUCGGGUGGCCGGCAGCGCAGUGACGACUUUAUCCCCUAGCACAGGUAGCCCGACGGUCACACGCUAACCUUGGCGGCCCGUUUGCCUGAUUAAGGUUUCCGCCCCAAACGAACCCAGGAUGCAGGGGGAUUGUUGGUGAGCGAAAGACCGCGAUCCGAGUGCCAUGUCUGUAUCUGUUUCGAGACCCAGCCCUUUGCCGUUUCAAUGCAAGAAGAAGAAGAGAGAAAUGGCUGAAAUCAACGUGUCGCCGCUGAAGCAUUUUGUGACCGCAAAGAAGAAGAUCAAUGGCAUAUUUGAACAACUUGGGACCUACAUCAAGGAGAGCGCGGCCUUUCUCGAAGAUACGUACAAAAAUGAGCAGCUGGACCCAGUGGCCACCGAGGAGCAGGUCCAGGAAGUCUGCGGCUACCUCUCCAAGGUGGCAGGCAUAGGAGAGGUGCUCGCACGGAGGCACAUGAAGGUGGUUUUCUUUGGAAGAACCAGCAACGGGAAGAGUUCCGUGAUCAAUGCCAUGCUGUGCGAUAAAGUCCUGCCGUCCGGAAUCGGACACACAACCAACUGUUUCCUGAGGGUGGAGGGCACCGACGGCGGCGAAGGCUUCCUCCUCACCGAAGGCUCUGAGGAUAGGAAAAGUAUAACGACAGUGAACCAGCUGGCCCAUGCGCUACACCAGGAUGUGGACCUGGAUGCUGGCAGCCUGGUCUGCGUCAUGUGGCCUAAAGCCAAGUGUGCUCUGCUGAGAGAUGAUUUGGUGCUUUUGGACAGCCCAGGCAUUGAUGUCACCACCGAGCUGGACAGCUGGAUCGACAAGUUCUGUCUCGAUGCAGACGUGUUUGUCCUGGUAGCGAACUCCGAGUCCACGCUCAUGCAAACGGAGAAGUCCUUCUUCCAUAAAGUCAAUGAGCGUCUCUCCAGCCCCAAUAUUUUCAUCCUCAACAACCGCUGGGAUGCGUCCGCCUCAGAACCCGAGUAUAUGGAGGAGGUCCGCAGGCAGCAUAUGGACCGCUGCACCAAUUUUCUUGUGGAUGAGUUGGGCGUAGUCGACCGAGCCCAGGCCAGCGACCGGAUCUUCUUCGUGUCUGCCAAAGAAGUUCUGCAGGCUCGUGUGCAGAAGGCCCAAGGAAUGCCUGAGUCAGGCGGCGCUCUUGCAGAGGGAUUUCAGGCCAGAAUGUUUGAGUUCCAAAACUUUGAGAGGCGAUUUGAAGAGUGCAUCUCUCAGUCUGCGGUGAAGACCAAGUUCGAGCAGCACACAGUAAGAGCGAAGCAGAUCUCUGAAGCUCUGCGGCGCAUCAUGGACCUGGUGCACGUCGCUGCCCAGGAGCAGAGACUCUACUGUGUAAACACAAAAGAGGAUCGUCAGCAGCGAUUGGAGUUUAUAGAGCAACAGCUGGACCUGCUAACCAUGGACUGCAAAGCCAAGAUCAAAAAGAUUACAGAGGAGGUGGAGCGGCAGGUAACUAACACUAUGGCAGAGGAGAUCAGGAAGCUUCAUGUGCUAGUGGACGACUUCCACAUGGACUUCCACCCGUCACCAGUGGUCCUUAAGGUCUACAAAAAUGAGCUCCAUCGUUACAUAGAGGAGGGUCUGGGUAAGACCAUGUCUGAAAGGUGCUCCAGUUCCAUCACCUGUGCCCUGCAGGCCACACAAACGGAUAUGAUAGAGGGCCUGAAGCCUCUGCUGCCAAACUCUGUUAGAGAGCAGGUCGACAAGAUUGUUCCUCGCCAGUACUUCAGCCUCACAUAUGACCUGGCCUGUGACAAGCUCUGUAGUGACUUUCAAGAGGACAUCAGCUUCCACUUUUCCCUUGGAUGGACUAUGCUUGUCAACCGCUUCCUUGGGCCCAAGAACACACGACGGGCCCUCAUGGGCUACAACGACCAGGUUCCUCGGCCCAUGGCCUUAACACCAGUCAGCACCAGCAUGCCUCCAUUUCCACAAAGCUCUAUGACUCAGGAAGAGCUGAUGGUCACCAUGGUGACGGGUCUUGCAUCCCUUACGUCACGCACAUCCAUGGGUGUCCUUGUGGUUGGUGGCGUGAUUUGGAAGGCAGUGGGAUGGCGCCUGAUUGCGUUGUCACUGGGUCUCUACGGGCUUCUCUACGUCUAUGAGCGGCUCACGUGGACCACCAAAGCCAAAGAGAGAGCCUUCAAGCGGCAGUUUGUGGAGUACGCCAGUGAGAAGCUGCAGCUGAUAGUCAGCUACACUGGAUCCAACUGCAGCCACCAGGUCCAGCAAGAGUUGAGCAGUGUGUUUGCACAGCUGUGCCAGCAGGUGGACGUCACCCGUCAGAACCUUGAGGAUGAGGUCAAUGACAUGAACAGGAAGAUCGAGCUCUUGGACAUUCUGCAGGGCAAGGCUAAACUGCUGCGGAACAAGGCGGGCUGGUUGGACAGCGAACUCAACAUGUUCACCCAGCAGUACCUGCAGCAGAGCAAGUGACCCAGCUGGAGCUUCCAGUGAGACCGAACGUGUGCAAACGCUCGCUGGACACACGCGACGCGGCUAAUUUGGGGUUUAAUUGCGACGUUCGGCUCUGAAGAGGAGGCUAACUCAACUUAACAGCUCUGUAGUAUUUAUAAUGUGUUUGUGUGGAGAUGAAGUGUGUAGGAUGCAUGUCAUGCGACCCCGGUUUGAGCGAUAGAAGUAAAUCUUCCUCUCUGGUGAUCUCUGUAUGUGCAUUCUGUCCAGGUUCAGUCCAUCUAAGGAAUUUCACUGUUUUGUUUGUAGACGUGUGUUGUAGGAAAACAUGAUGCAUAAUUUAUUCCUGGCUACUCACUGUUAGCAUUUUGUCAUGUUCUCAACUGAUAGGUGAAUGGCUGGGAUGCACAUCUGCUUUGCUCUUAUUUCAAUUCAAACCAGAUUAUUUUUCUAGCUCUGAUUCAACCACACAUGUUUCAACUAGAGCUACACGAUAUAUAUCGCCAAUAUAUCAUGGUUGCAUUAUCAGUGUGUGUGAUAUGCAUAUGAAUAGGACUGUUUAGGUUGUUGGCUAUUGUAUUCCAAGUGUUAUGAACUCACAUUGUACAUGCUAAUAUUUAGCCAGCCGGUCCCACGGCAGCAGAUGUUCACACUGGACACGUGAUAUUGUCCAGAACGCUGAAACUCAAAGAGAGAGAGAGAGACUGGAAAGAAAAACAGUGACGUUGCAACGGAUAUCCUAGUUGCAAUAUUUAUCAAUAUUAUUGCCAUGCCGAUCUUUUCUAAUAUCGUGCAGCUCUAGUUUCAAAGCACUUUACAAAUCUGAUUUAUGUUCAGAGGAAUGUGUUCAACCCUGUCAAAUCAUACAUCAGUCACAUCAGUUCCAAUAUGAUCCUAAGUAUAAAACAAUGCAGUGAAGUUCAUUUCAUUAUUUAAAUUGCUAAAAAAGUUAUCUUUUAACUAAGGAAACUUGUGAUGCAUGUACAGUAAAUUAACUCAGUUAUGCCAAAUUCAAAUCUGUAUCUUAAUUUAUUGCUGACCAACAAACUGGUUUGAGAUGUAUGUUUGUUUUUUGUUGUGGGAUUUUUUUCUUGUAUAAAUGUAAAUCCAUUAUUUUGUCACUGUUUUCCCCUUUUCAGCAAAUGGAAGAAAGGCGAUAUUUCCGCCAUGGUGAUCAUACUGUUCUUGUGCUGACACAUAAUUAUUUCUCUUGCUCAUUAUUCUUGCACUUAGGCUCACUUAAAUUAAUUUUGGCUAAUGGACUUAAAAAAAGAGACAUUUUGUCUGGUUUCAUGGUAGUGACAGAAAGAAGUGGAUGAAAACGUCUGGUUUCAGCCGUACAUCCAGCACUGGGUUCUACGGUCCAUCAAAACAGUUCUAAUAACCUUUUUAUUAGCACAUCUGCUGCUUCUUGUGGGGAUGGGGUUAUACGUUGGUGUCCUCUGCAUACAUCUGAUGACAUGAGCUGGACAAAAUGCAGGAAAAUCAUUUGCCUACAAACCAAAAAGGAAGGAGCCAGCGAUGUGCACCAUCACUAGUAGUUUUGCUCAGAAAUAGUUGUCAUCCAUGCAGUUUUCUGUUGUGCUGCUAUUUUCUCCGUGUCACUGCUCCAGCUGAAAAAAAGAUAAUUUAGCUUUAAGAACCAGACUAAGCAGAUUGGAUGGCUGGUACCAAAGUCUUUCUUUAAAUGUGGGAAGAUGGCUCCUAUUACACUAAUUUUAGCUUUUAGAUCAUCCUUUAGUUCCAUGAUUUGCGUGUGUUCCUUAAGCCUUCUGCUCUACUAGACUUCCCUAGCUCCACUGGAGUAAAAUAAGGAAGUUCAAACCAUCUCCAUCUCUGCCUCAAACCUUACGAGCAGACAGAUCUAUAGAGGAGCAGAAAGGCCAAAGUAGGUGGGUUAGCAGGCCUUGUGAACAACAGAUGAUGGGAUCAAGGACGCGUUAGGGGGAGAAAUCUCUGCUGCCCGGAUAUUAAACCGUUAAUAUUAUCUGAAGUUGUGCUAUGAACAAAACACCCUGAGUAUAAAGCUCUCAUUCAGAAGCUGACUGUGAUCAAGAGAACUGAGGAGAUGGUGACAGAGGGCUGGAGAAGGGUUGUUUUGAGGCAACAGACUGGGAUGUACUGUGGCAGUCACAUGGAGGAGAUAUCAAUGUCAUGAUGACUGAGUGUAGGAUCAUAUAUCUCUAUAUAAAUAUAUAUAUGAACAACAGUGAGACUUCCCCAAUAAAAAAAGAUGGGCCAUCAACAAGAAGAGCCUUCAGAGAGGGAACUGAAUUAUUGAGGAGUAGAGAAGCAACAUAGUCAAGAGACAGCAAGGAGGUGUGCGAGAAGCUGAGCGCUAACUCCAACUGAACAAUGAAAGAUGUUUUGAUGUGCUCUGGUUCAUCUAAUACUUUGGAACAAGCUCGGUGCUGAUCUGCUUAGCGGCGAUUCUCUAGUUUUUCUUCAACACAAAGUGCUCCUGGAUCAGUGUGUGUGCUCUGUCUUCUAAAAACCCCUGUUGGUCGUGGUUGAUGGCCAUUCACAUUGAACCAGGGUCUGGUUCUGCUGGAACUUUCUAUUUAGCGUUUCUUUCCACUAUCACCACAUGCAUGUUCAGUAUAAGGGAUCACUGUCUUGGAAACUAUGAUUCGAUUGAAUUGCCUUUGUCAUUGUAAAGUGGCUUGAGACACGUCUUGUGAAUCUGCGCUAUAUAAAUAAACAAUUUGUGCCUCA